AUGACGGAUGGCGAACCAGAAGCUUUGCCUGCGCCGCUGAACGAAGCUUUGGUGGCCUUGGCAGAUCAGUGCAAAGUCCCGCCAGAUUAUCAUGGGAUUCUCGCGGGGUUUGAUGUCAGCCUUUUCGGCUGCAUUGCGGCUGAUUCCUCAGCUUUGGAUGAGGCGCUCAAGGAUCUGCUCGAGGGCGCCGUGGAACCGCCUUCCACUGCUCAGCGCCUUCUUCUGCUCUCUUCGCUACGACUGCUUUACGAGACUUGCCGUCAGCAGUCGUCAGCAGCUCGUCAGGGCAAGCGCCAAGAGGAGAACGACAUCACUUCGGGGUUGUCUACAUCAAGCUGGUCAGAACAGUUUCCCCCCAAGCUUUCAGGAGAGCGUGUGAUGUCUCUUCAGAAACAGUUUCAUGCCCGCUACCCGGGGGAGAUCUUAGAUCCCGACAAUUAUCCGUCGGCCAGGUUGCUAGCCUAUGUGGCUAAGGUCGUUCAAAAAGGAGAGCUGCGGUGGAUCCCGUGGAAACUCAGGAUGAGCCAAGCCCAACAAGAUUCCCUGGCUUUGCGGCGCCCAGCUAAGGUGCCUCGGUUAGAAGAGCUGAUAUACGACGACGUGCCCCAGCGUGAAAUACCAGCUGGAGCAGUUGGCGCGAACUAUCUCUCGGGCAUCUUGGGUUUGGUUUCAGUGGCUGUAGCGAUGCUGCAGGGCGCGCACCUUGCGAGCCUUCGCGAGUUUGAGCGCAAGUUCAUCAAACUGGCUACGCAAAAAUGCGAGGCGGGCAUUCGCAAUCCUUUUGCUGAGGAAAUCAUGCAAGCAGACCGUCAGCUAUGGUGCCAGAUGGCCGAUCUGGUCAAUCUUCAUGGCUGGUCCUUGGAUGAUGCUCUGACAGAGUACACGGAGAUCAGGGGAGAUAUGGCUUCGUUACUUCAGUCUCGGGUGGCGGUGCCCAAAAAGUUUGAUAUCCCACCUGGUCUUCGAAGGCUUCCUGGGGGCAAAGGCAAGCAGAAGGGCGGCGGCAAAGGUCGAGGUGUUACUGGCGGUCAGUCUGGUCAAACUGGUGCAAAAUGGAUCACGAAGUUUGAGGACAAGGGAUCAACUCAGUUGCUUCGGACAAAAGUUCUGGAGGGUGGCCGGAACCAUGCUAGCUACUUCAACGCCGGGGUACGCUCAGGCUCUCUUGGCGGCCUUUGUCGCUUCACCUUGGAAAACCCCAAGUUGGUGGAGUAUGUAAAUCUUUUCUUACAGUCAGUCUUCCCUGAUGGGACAUGGUCUAGUUUCUGCAUUUCGCACAACGAAUUCGCUCAUCUUCAUUCGGAUUUCAAUGCCCCAGGCUCUUUGAAUCACUCUUGCAGCUUGGGGGCGUUCGACAAAGGUGGUCUCUGGAUCCAGGUUGCGGAUUCAGCAUUUCCAGAGCAUCCUCGGGUCCCUCCCACGGACGCUCAGGCUGAUCAAACAUUGCGCGGUUGCAUUUUCAACACUCGAAGGUCCGGGAUCUCUUUCGACGGCUCUCUACCACAUUGUUCGGAGCCUUGGACUGGGGACCGGUGGGUCCUGACAGCAUAUACUUCGGCCCAACUGCCGAGAGUAUCGGCUAGUGAUGUGCAGCAGCUGCGGGAUUUACACUUUCCACUGCCAGAUUCUUCUUGUCAAACGGCUGCUUCAGAAUUGUCUGGGGCAGCAAUUCUUCCGGCUCCACCUUCCGUUCUUGAUCUUUCCAAGGUGCGCGGGAAUCUUUUUCUGGAUCUGUUUGCUGGUCAUGCUCGGCCACUAUCGUCUGCUUUCUUGCAAGCUGGAGUUUCUGUCCUUUCAGUGGAUACAAUGUUGGCUUCGGAGCACGAUCUUCUGGAUGAUUCGGUUUUUGAACCUCUUUUGCGAUUGAGCUUUUCGGGAGCAGUGACCUCGGCUCAUGCAUCGCCACCAUGCCGGGAGUAUUCCAGGUGCAAGCUUAUCCGACCGGGUCCGAAGCCUUUGCGCACCCCAGAACAUUUGGCAGGGGUCCCAGGUCUAUCUUCUUCUGAACAAGAGCGGGUGGACGCCAGCCGGACGUUGAUGGAGCGUGCCGUCGAGAUUCUGCACGCCACCUACAAGGCUGGCGGGCAUUUUAGCCUGGAAAAUCCAGCAAACAGCAUGCUUUGGCUAGAAGAAGCGGUCCGACUUCUGCUUCAGAAGGCCAAUGCUGAUGUGCUUGUGGUAGCGGCUUGUGCUUACGGCUGGGAUAUCUCGAAACGCUGGGCUUUCGCUACCUCUUUUCGGGAUAUGCAGCGAUUGGCCAAGGAUUGUUCACAUGCUGAGGGCUCUCAUCGUCCGGUUGCUGGGGUUCGGGAUGAGUCCGGAGGUUAUGCCUCUCAACAGACUUCUGAGUUCCCCGCGAAGCUCGCGGAGGCGUAUGUAUCGGCCGCUCUCCCACUUUUUUCGACAUGCGAAAAUCCUUUGGAUGUCCAGCUGUCGCAGCUAUAUCAGCUAAUCCCUGCUAAAGGUCGCUUCGACAUGCCUUUCGCGCAUCAAGAUGGGGCUGGCAUCUACUCGGUCCCCGACUGGUCUUUUCCCCCGAACGGGACGGUUGACAGACUUCAGCAGGUCAGGCAUGCUCUGACGCAGAAGCUUUUUGAGUUGAAGGCCCCGAUUCGCUUGCGCGAACAUGUCCUGGCCAAGUCGGACUCUCCAUUGUUUUCGGAGGGAGAGAUUGAAAGCUUUCGGGCCAUCUUUUCAGAGUUCUUGGUGGCCACGACGGGCCGUCCGGUGGACUGGUGGGAUGGUGCCGGCCCUUUGCUUGCACCAUGGAAUCCCGACUUCAGAUACCGCUUCACAGUCGCUGAUUUCUUCGAUCUACGUCAUGAUGUACGGCUUUUCCCAGCCGAUGCCAAGCUGCUUUGGAAGCUGCCGCGUUGA